AGCCGAGCAUUCCUUUGAGACCUCGACUUCUUCCCUCGUCGGGAUGAUGGGCACCUAAGUGCAAUUUUCAAAUAAUUUCAUCCUUCUCUAGAUUUUUUCCCUUUAAACAUCGGCUGCCAAAUUCAUCGCCAUCAUGCGACUUCUUUGGUAUGCAGGGACCUCAUCGGCCCUGGCGGCUGGCGUCGUCGCCUACGCCUUCAAUCAACGUGCUAACUUCUACUCUGCUAUGGUAUAUUUAUCACAAAAUAACCUAAGUCUUAUGAUCCUCAUAAACCUCGUCCUCCUAGUCUAUGGUUCCUUCGUCUGGGGUCUUCAACGAUUAUGUUAUGGCCCUCUCCGACCGGUCGAAAUCGAACAACUCUACGAGAAAGCUUGGUUCGCCGUGACCGAGACAUGCCUUGCUAUGACAAUAUUUCGUGAAGAGGUUGGAGCUUGGUUCUUGGUCAUGUUCACCGCUUUGGUAACCGGGAAGGUCUGGGAAUGGAUAGGCGAAGGCCGCGUAGAGGUUCUGGAACAGCAACCCCCGGUAAAUCCGCGACUCUUUCACACAAGACUCAGCAUAUCUCUCUUACUCAGCGUCAUCUACGAUACUUGGCUAUUCCUCUAUACCGUGAAUGCUGUCAUCCAACAGGCACGACCCAACAUGAUGGUCAUGUUCUUGUUUGAAUUCGCCAUCUUAGACACCUGCUCGUUUCGCACUAGUUUCCGAUACCUCCUGUCCCUAGUUGAAGCCGACAUCGUAUCAAGACAGACUCGACAGAGACUAGAAGAAAGGCGUAGACAAGUCCGGGAACAACGUGCCGAAAUCAUGCGACGUCGGGAAUCUGGCGACGCCGCCGAGGCGGAAGCUGCGGAGCAGGAGGAGUUACCAAAUGAAGAGGAUAUCGAUGAGACGGAUAUUGAAGUACCGGGUUGGGAAUCUAAGGGACAGUGGGUUCUGAGUCUGGACCUGGCAACUGAUUUUGUCAAGCUCGGUAUCUAUUCCGCUUUCUUCGCUAUAUUAAUGAUGUUCUACGGUCUACCUAUCCACAUAAUGCGGGACCUCUACAUGACAGGAUCUUCGUUUGUGAGGCGGCUCAGGGCUCUCAUCAAGUACCGUAAGGCUGUACAGGGUCUAGCUGGAUACCCUGAUGCUACCGAGGAAGAAUUGGCUCGUGAAAAUACUUGCAUUAUCUGUCGAGAAGAUAUGAGACCGUGGGAUCCACAUGCCGAGGGUUCUGUACAGCGUUCUCGCCCGAAGAAGCUACCCUGCGGCCAUAUCCUACAUUUCGGAUGUCUAAAGAGUUGGUUGGAGAGACAGCAGGUAUGCCCGACUUGUCGACGACCAGUCGACGGGGCCGGACCCAAUGGCACCGGUACUACCCAAGGCGCCAACCAUGGUGGCCAACCCAAUGCCGUAGGCGAAGCAGCUGCGGGCAAUAGAGCUGCAAACGGCGCUCAGCCGGCACAACAACGCGGAGCAGGAAAUAUGAGAGUAUUCCAGUUUGGCCCUAUUCGAUUAGGAUUUGCUCAGGGCAAUGCCCAGAAUAUCCAUGAGAUGGCUCAGCGGCUACGACUCCCUCUUGAGGGUGCUAAUGCUCCCGCUCCCGCUCCCGCUCCUGCUGCCGCGCCCACUCAACCUGCCCGGCCUUCUCUGACUCACGGCAACACCGGCACCCGCGAAUUCCACUUAGAGAUGCAAUUACAGCUACUGGAAAUUUCAAAUAGAAUACAACAGGAGGUGCAAGCCUUACAGGCGAGCCAAGCUGAGGUGCAAACUCUCUAUGCUCUAUUGGCAGAGUUGAAUCACCUCCGUCAGACACAACAGAACCCUCAAGUUGUGUCAAUGCUUCAUCAUGGACAGCCAGCUGCCAAUGCCCCAUUCACACCUUACCAACCAGCCGUACCGCAACAACCCCUUCCCCCAUUUCAACCUAUGGCACAUCAUCCUCCUCAACUUGCAAUCUACCCUCCUCGUGUACCAACGCCGACCAUCACUAGACAUGGUGGCGUAUCAUAUUCAGAUUCCAUCCCAGCAGGUAGCCCCGACUUGCCUGAUAGCGUUGUUAUUCCCCCCGGUUGGUCGUUAUUACCCCUUCAGCGUCUUGAUGGUCAACCCCAACAGGCUCCAAAUACCCAACAGCCUGUUCAACCAGUCGAUAUCAAUGGUCAACAAUCACAGCCAGUCGAUUCAACACACACAACCACUACAACUAGUAGCACCACUAGGGUUGCUCAGUCAAGUUCUAGAACUGGUGAUUCUAAUGUUCGAAAUAUCGGUGCAUCUAGUGGGCCUACAGAAGAACGCCCUACCCAAACUACUUCCCAAGAACAGAGAGAGCCCCCGACGGUAGCUGCGCCCACGCCACUGAUGCCUAAUUGGGGUGGUGCUGCACAGCUCUUUACCGGUUCAGCCUCUGUGAAUGAACCCGAGGCCAGACCCGAGGAAGCGCCAAAGCCGGAGUCUCAACAAGAGAGCUCAGACGACGAGCAAGAAACGUCAAGUAGUAAAGCUAAAGGGAAGGCGAAAGCUGUUACAGUCGAGGAUGCGGAGGAUGCAGAAGACGACUGAAUCAAUAUCAAGCCAAUGUGUCAUUAUUCGAGCUGCGUUCCCAGCUCUGUAUUCACGAAAAGGAAAAUUGCAUCCGGGCGAGGCGUUGACGGCGUUUAAGAUUCAUGUAUAUCCCCUACGAAAAUCGGACUGGAUUGUGGAUAUGGCAUCAUAAGGGUCAUUCGAUAAAUGUGCAGGGCUAAGAUGUUCUCGCUCGCCGAUCAACAUUCUGGAAUAUCUUCUGCCUUCGGUGACUCUAAUUUGAUGCUUGACCUUGCUUUGGAAAGGGCAUGAGGUGUACAUAGACAUUGGUGUACCUAGGAUGAUAGGCAAGGGGAGGAACCCUCACCUCGAGAAAAUUCAAGGCAUCAUUUAUUGAACUCUACUAUCAUA